GGUAAUUUAAAGACAUCUUUAUACAUGCAUGGGAUAUACAUUCAGCGGCGAAAAUACUUCUUGCCUGUGGCGGUUCCGGUUAGCGCCAUCUGUUCGAACAUUAAUUUUUUUUUUUUUUUUUUUCAUUCUACAUCUGCUUCAUUUUUGUAAUGUCUAGUGAGCACUUCUCCAGGUCUGUAGAAGUGACAUUAUCUCUCCUCUGAGCACAGGAGUAGAAAACGCCGUAGUGGCGCGAAGCUUGUGUGAGAGGACAUGGGGAAUACAAUUGGAAAAUGAGGAUGAAAUGCUACCGUCCCACGUAGAAGGAAAUGCGCAUGCGCUCACUGAAAAUACCUUUUCCCCUCUCUGACGUUCGGUGCUUUUCCAGCAAGUCUCUUUUCCAGUUUGCCUCCGUGUGCGAGGAUCGUUCAAAACCCGUGAAAUGUUUCACUCUCGCUUGUGAAUAAGAACAAUUCAGAAGGAUCAGAUUUGUCGUCCAAGUGAAUUCACACUCAGAAUGGUUCGGACCUGAGGAUAAUGGCAAAAAUUUAGCCCAUUCCAGGAAAGCGUGGCAUGAGCUUACGGUCCAUGCCAUAAAGAUUAAUAUAUCUCCGUUAUAGUUUUGGAAAACCUUAGAAAACUUGUAGAAUACUUCAGAAAGUUGUUUGGAUACCUGCCUACUCAAAAUGACAUACAUUCGGGGAUUUUUCAAAGCUCUGAUCAGAAGAAAACCUCUGGAAGUUGAUCUAGAAGAAACUAAAUUAAAUCGUUGCUUGUCAACUUUAGAUCUUACUGCACUGGGCAUUGGAAGUACUUUAGGUUUAGGAAUAUAUGUACUUGCUGGUCAAGUAGCAAGUGUGAAAGCUGGACCUGCAGUUACAAUCUCUUUUUUUAUUGCUGCAGUUGCAUCUGUCUUUGCAGGAUUAUGCUAUGCUGAAUUUGGAGCAAGAGUACCCCGUGCUGGUUCAGCUUAUGUUUAUAGUUAUGUCACAGUUGGUGAACUGAUGGCAUUUAUUAUUGGGUGGAAUCUCAUUCUUGAAUAUGUUAUAGGAACUGCUUCUGUGGCAAGGGGUUACAGUGGAUAUAUAGAUUCUCUUUUUAAUGGAACAAUGCAGAAACAUUUAGAGCAAAUAAUGCCUAUACAUAUACAGCAUGUGUCAGAUUAUCCAGAUUUUUUAGCUUUUGGAAUUACAAUACUACUUGCAAUUAUGUUGGCUGCAGGGGUAAGGGAGUCGUCACGUUUCAACAAUGUUUUUACUGCUUUAAAUUUGAGUGUUGUCCUGUUUGCCAUCAUUGCUGGGUCCAUAAAAGCUGAUUUUCACAACUGGAAACUUACUGAAUCAGAGGUUCCUAAACAUGCUGGCAGUGGAGGUUUCAUGCCGUAUGGUUUUUCUGGAAUGAUGUCUGGUGCUGCAACGUGUUUCUAUGGAUUCAUUGGAUUUGACUGCAUUGCUACAACUGGAGAGGAAGUAAGAAACCCUCAGAAGUCCAUUCCAAUUAGCAUUGUUUUAUCUUUACUUUUUGUUUUUCUGGCAUAUUUUGGUGUAUCAACUGUACAAACUAUGAUGAUGCCAUAUUACCUUCAAGAUAAUCCUGCCCCUUUACCCUAUGUUUUCGACUAUGUUGGUUGGCCUGUUUGUAGAUGGAUUGUUUCUAUUGGAGCCUUAGCAGGGCUUUCUACAAGCCUUUUAGGUUGCAUUUUCCCUCUUCCCCGUGUUUUGUAUGCUAUGGGAUCAGAUGGCAUUAUCUUCCGCUUCUUAGCCAAAGUUCACCCUCGUUAUCAGACUCCUUUGAUUGCGACUGCUAUUUCAGGUGUUUUUGCAGGAGUUAUGGCUAUGAUGUUUAACGUUCAAGAACUGGCUGAUAUGAUGUCUAUUGGUACUCUUUUAGCAUACUCAUUAGUUGCUGUAUCUGUAACUAUCCUAAGAUACAGCUGUGAUGAUGGAGCAGAGAAUUCAGUAAAUAAGCCUCGCUAUUCUUCAAUAGCACAGAGUCCAGAAAAGAGAGGUUGGGAAAAUGAUUCUCGUGUGAAAUCAUCCAGUAUAACAGGUUCUUUGGCACUUCCUCUUGAGAAGCUAACCUAUAAUGCAGUUUUAAGGCAACUCUUUAACAUUGACAGGCUUCAGAAACCAAACAAACUAACAUCCAAAAUAAGCAUUUGGUUAAUAGGAAUUACAUGUAUAUUAAUAUGUGCUAUGGAUGUGCAGCUAGCUGUAUAUGAAGAACAGAUUAUACUUUUUGACAUAAGACCACUUACAAUUUUAGCUGUGAAUAUUGCUUUAAUUUUGAUAUGUAUUAUAAUGCUGCAGAGGCAGCCAGUGGACCAAAAGAAACUUUCUUUCAAGGUACCUUUAGUUCCUGUAAUUCCAAUGUUGAGUGUAGCUAUUAAUGCCUAUCUUAUGUGCAAAUUGUCAGUUCUUACUUGGAAAAGGUUUGGCGUGUGGAUGAUACUUGGUUUUUGUGUUUAUUUCUUCUAUGGUAUAUGGAAUAGUUCUGAACGCAAACAGAGUAAAGGUGCUGCUUCAGUGUAUACUGUGGAUGGUGGGGAAACACAGUUGGUAGACCGAAGUGAUGUUUUAAGUACUAGUACUUUACAACCUGGAAAAAGCAGUGUUGAAAGCAACAUGUCUGAACUCAUGUCAAGUUGUAAUUCUGCAGAGGCUAGCCUCAUAUCUAACCAUCCUACCAAUGGAACAGUAAAAUAAUGAUUUAUUCACAUUAUCCAAUUGACCAAGAGUGAUUCUUAUGGAAAAAUGUACUGAAGUAAAAAUGAUUUUAAAGACAAUUUAAAGACAAUAAGAAAUAUAAGGGGCUGUUCUCAGGGUGUGAACGGUGCAUAGAAAAUAUUGUUAAUGCUGGGAAAAAAAAGCUUAUUCCUUGCUGUGUGCACACUUCAUAAAUUACUCCAAAUUGUGUACAGUCUCGUAUAUCUUGUAAAAGCUCUGCUACACAUAUUGCAUAACAAAGUGUUAUUGAAUAUUUUGAAAAAAAUAUUAACCAAGUGGUCUCCAUCAGCAGGAGGAAAAAUACUUUCCUUUCUUUUCAUCUUUGGACAGCAUAGAUUCUGAAUCAGAGGGAAUCUGUUCAAACAGAGCCAAAGCCUUGGGUAUAACAAGCCCUUUGCAUGGCAUUUUCAAAUUAAGCAAAAAAAUUAUCUAUAUAAUAUGAUUUAUCUGCAGCAUAUAAUUACUUUAACAUAAUUUAAUUACUUUACUAAAGCACAAGUUUUUUUCGGAAAAACUGGUAUAAAAUUAUUAAGUUUUUUUUGACAGAAAGUGAAUAUACAUGUAUAGUGUAAAUAAAUUUUUGAUUUGUACUAGUUAUUAUUUUAGUUAUACUAAUUUGAUACCAGUUUCUUGCUACAGAUAAAAUUUUGUCGUCAUUAUCUUCAUAUUCACUUCCAUCACUCAGAAGAUCGUAACUUUCAUCACGGAAACUUUCUGAUAAAUUGGUGUAUUCAAAAUCGUCAGAGUCGCUCAUUAUCAGAUAACUUUUUGUACACAAGUUACGAGGACACUUAGUAAAAAUUAGUUUAUGGUGAACUGUUUACUUUUAUGAUAAUUAACGCAAUAAAAAUUGUUAUAUAUAUUAUCUUUUUCAUGCCAAACAACUGCUUUAUAACAAAAUUAUAGCUAAUCAUAAAAAUGUACCAUGUGGUUUACACACACACACACACACACACACACAAAAAAAAAAAAAAAAAAAAAAAAAAAAAAAAAAAAAAAAAUUGCUGCACAGUGGUGCCCUCUAGACAGGUGCAAAAU